UAAAGAUGACAGAUAUAAAUAGAUGCUAUUGUGGGAUUGAAAAAAAAUAUCUUCAUUUAAAUGCUUUAGUAAAUUAUUAAAUUAAUUUCUUAUAGUUAAUAAAAUAUAAAUAGACAGUCAUGAGUACAAUAACGAAGGUUUUAACUAUUCUAAGAAGUACUAAAAAGUUUGAUGCUUUCAAUGACUUUGGUUUACGUUUAUCUGGAACAGGAACCACUUUGCCCAGAAUUUCAAUGAUACGUUGUUAUAGUUCGAAAGAGAGUGGUAUAGCAAAAAGUGAAGCCAACGGACAUAGUGAAGUGUCUAGAGAUGUAAAACCUAUUGGGGAGAAAAUAAAAGAGACCACGAAAACAGUAUCAUAUACUGGGAUAAUAUUAGUUGGGGUUGGAGUGACCGGCGUUAUUUUUUAUUACGUAUUUAGAGAAUUAUUUUCUAGCAACAGCCCCAAUAGUAUAUAUUCGGAAGCACUUGAAAAGUGCAAAAAUGAUCCAAGAAUUGAAGAUGCAUUAGGUGCUCCUAUCAAAGGUUAUGGUGAGGAAACAUCAAGGAGAAGAAGAACUCAUGUUAGUCAUGCAAUAUAUGAAAAGGAUGGAAUUAAUCACAUGAGAAUGAGGUUCUACAUUCAAGGAGUUAGAAACAAAGGUGUUGUUGAACUUGAUAUGAAACAGAAUGAAAAUGGGAAAUAUAUGUGCAGAUACCUGCUUGUAGUCCUAGACGACUACAGUGGAAAAACAUUUAUUAUUGAAGAUAAUAGAGCGGAACUUGAUGCCACACCAGAACAAUUUGAAAGACAACUACCUACGCUUACAUUGACACAAUGAUGUUGAUAAUUAUGAUGUGUAGAUAUUGUAGAUACUCUUUUAUAAGCAUAGAAAUGUAAUUGUAUUAAAAAUCCAUACAUUAUUAAGACUUUCAACGAACAUCAAUAACAUA